AUGCAAGUACUGACAAUCAUCUUCUUUCUCCUCAGUAUCACGGGGGUCUGGAAACCGCGUGGUUGGCGCGGAAUGAAAGCUAUUUUCUUUUACGUUUACCGUUCCAUUGUUAUAAUUGUUAACUACAUUUUUUUAAUAACCGGGAGUUUGGAUCUCGAGUUUAAGAACAUCGAUCUCGAAGCUUUCAUUGACAACUUUUCGUUAAUUCUUUCAACGUUUAUCGCUCAAAAAAAAAUAAAUUGCGUGAUCGAAAAUCGUACAAAACUGAUUCACAUCACCGAUUCAUUCAACAAUAGUUCCUUUAAACUUCGAGAUCGUCAAGAAGAAGUCAUUUUUUCGCGAUUCGAAAAACUUGCAAGAAAUAUAUUCAUGUACUAUUUUUUGAUAUUUUUUGGGGCACUACUGAUAUAUUCUUCAGAUCAUCUGUCUGUGAUGAAUCCACCCUACACUCUACCGUACAAUGGCUGGUUCCCCUACAACUACACCCGCUCAAAUAAAAUAUACUGGGCGACGUGUGUCCAGCAAGUAUACGCAGUAUACAACUCAGCGACUAUCGAUUUGAUACUAGACUUAUUGUUGCCUUGCAUAAUGUGCUACAUGUGCGGGUACAUUCACAUUUUGAGGUAUAGGUUUGGAGUUAUGACUGAAAAACUGCAAAUAAUGUCAGAAAAUAAUAAAUCACAAGAAGAAAUUGUUUAUACUGAGCGUAAAAUGAUGGCCGAGUGGGUUGAAUAUCACAUCGAAAUUUUGCGUUUAGUUAGAUUUGCCAAUGGAAUAUUUUCGAGCGUCAUAUUUAUGCAGUACACUUCAAGCUCUCUACUUCUAUGUACAAUCGCGUACUUGCUGUCGCACACGGACCCGGCAACAAUGAGUUUUGCGGGAAAUUUCGGAUUCUUCUUUGCGAUGGUAAUUCAAAUAUUGUUGCCGUGUUAUUGCGCUGAUAAAUUGACUUUUGAGUUUUUAGAUAUAUCUACAGGAAUAUAUGCCACAAACUGGCACUACUUAAGCAACAAUAUCCGAAGAUCGGUAGUUGUUAUUAUUCAAAAAACUCACCGCCCUGUUAUGAUAACAAGCGGCUAUUUUGUUAUUUUAUCCCUUGAAUCCUUCAUCAAGGUCAUUAAACUUGCGUACACUAUUUACAAUGUGCUAGAGUGA